CCCUUUUUGACCGUCGCCUUCGUUUUGGAACAAGCCAAAGCGUCGGGCUUCUUCUUCUUCUUCUUCUUCUUCUUCCGCGCUCCCGAUGGCUACCGCCGGUGCUCCGGUGAAGAGAAAGGCCCCGACGAGUUCCGAUGCCACAAGCGCGAGAGUGUGGCUUUACCUCGCACUCCUCACCCUCCAGUACGGCGCGCAACCGCUCCUCUCCAAACGCUUUACCGGAAAAGAUGUUAUUGUUACUUCAUCUGUGCUAUCAUGUGAGCUGGCGAAGGUUAUUUGUGCUAUUCUUCUUUUAGCAAAAGGAGGUAAUUUGAAGAAGCAAUUUAAGCAGUGGAGGUUGGUUAAUGCAUUGACUGCAUCUGGCCUUCCAGCAGCCAUUUAUGCAUUGCAGAAUAGCUUGUUGCAGAUAUCAUACAAGAAUCUUGAUUCACUGACAUUUUCAAUCCUUAACCAGACAAAGCUACUUUUCACAGCCUUUUUUACUUACCUUAUUUUGGGGCACAAACAAUCACAACGGCAAUUUGGAGCUCUUAUGUUGUUAGUUGUUGCUGCCACUCUUUUGAGCAUUGGCGCGAGUUCUGGCAAGGGUUCCAGUAGCAAGGAUUCUGAUCUGGUUUUUCUUUAUGGAAUUAUUCCUGUCAUGGUCGCUUCUGUUCUUUCUGGCUUGGCUUCUGCUUUGUGCCAGUGGGCAUCUCAGGUGAAGAAACACACAUCCUAUUUAAUGACAAUAGAAAUGUCAUUUGUUGGCAUUUUCUGCAUGUUGGCAAGUACUUUUAAGUCUCCUGAUGGUGAGUUGAUAAGAAAAUACGGCUUUUUUCAUGGUUGGACAGUGUGGACUUGGAUACCAGUAGUGAUGAAUGCUGUUGGAGGGAUUCUCGUGGGGCUUGUCACUGCUCAUGCCGGAGGUGUUAAAAAGGGCUUCGUCAUCGUAUCUGCAUUGCUUGUAACUGCAUUGCUGCAGUUUAUUUUUGACGGGGAGCCGCCCUCGAUGCACUGCCUUGUGGCUCUACCUCUUGUCAUUAGUAGCAUUGUCAUAUACCAGAAGUAUCCAUAUGUUGCGAGAAAGAAGGAAGAUUGAGCAAAGUAGUCAUUCUAAUUCCACAAAAACAUGGUAUCUUUGUUACACCUUUGAAUUUGCUAACCGUCUCUUGUACCAGUAGGUAGCUUUGGUAUCGAAACAACUUUCUGCAACUGCAACUGCAACUGCAACUGGAAAUUGUAGACAUGCCUAAUUGUGCAAAUUUUAUGCCCGAGGUUUUUUUCUA